CCGAUGAGAGCGUAUCUAUAUUUCUUUUUUCAUUUUUCUCUCCGAUCAAAACGCCGCCGUUGCGUCUCUGAUUCUUCCUUUGGGUCAACUGAGGAAAAAACCCUUCCUAUGAAGAACAACAAUUGGCUUCACACUCUCUCUUUUCUCAAUUUUGCUUCUUACUUCUUUCCCCGCUGAAGAGUUUCGGUGAUCGUCCUCUAGAGAUUGAUGCUAAUUUUUUCAAACAUUACAAAGUUUCCAAAGCCACCGCCCACUUGAAACAUUCUUUUGGUGAUUAUGAUUGUUUAUAUCGAUUUAGCAUUACUUUACAAUAAGCAAGUGAUUCUCUUCAUAAAGUAUGUAGCUUUACUUUGUUUGAUCCUACUCUUUUGGUAAUCUUAGUUUCGGAUUUGCCUUUCUCGCAAUAACAGAGCGCUUUGUAAAGUUUUGCGUUUUAGAUGAUUAACAUUCCUUUCUUGCGUAUUUCAGGCUGAUUAGAAACUUGACCGCUUGAUUCUCUUAAAGGAGGUCUUGCGAUGGAUUCCGCUAUUGAUAUCAGUUCUGAUAGUGAUGUCGAGAUACAAGAAACUAGAACCAGGCCUCAACAUCCCCCACGGAUAGCUGAAGGAUCUCAUAGAAGAGAUCUCUCUACGCUGAGACCGCACUUUCUUAGUGGGAGUUCUUCCGGUGCAAAUGGCCACACUAAAACAGGACUUACAAAUCUCGACUCACGUAAUGGUUUUGAAUCCAAGCCACUGCCUCGGGCAGAACACCAUACACAUAUUCCGGGAAAUGGGAGUAUCGUAACUUCCAGAAUUCCCAAUAUCUCUGUUGGUGAUUAUGAGAAAUUUUCAUCUCAACAAGCUUUUAAAAGGACACAUCCACCAACCUUUAGUCGACCUCCUUUUCCUCCUAGACCUGAUAUUGGUACAAGUAACGGGAAUGCGAGUCACUUUCGUGGUGGAGCACAUGAUGAUCUAGGCAUGGGGCGUGUGACUAACGGCACUCGGAUCCUACCUCCAUCUGUGGCGCACGGAACAUCUGCGUCUCCUUCACAUUUUAAUGGAUUAAGUGAUCCAAUGCAUAGGAAUGGCAUAGGCGAAGAAAGGAAUUCGGAAAAUGACGAGAGGCUGAUCUAUCAGGCUGCACUACAGGAACUGAAUCAACCCAAGUCCGAGGUCGAUUUACCUGCUGGUCUUCUUUCGGUUCCCCUUAUGAAGCAUCAGAAAAUUGCAUUGGCAUGGAUGUUUCAGAAGGAAACUAAUAGUUUGCACUGUAUGGGAGGGAUAUUAGCUGAUGAUCAGGGCCUUGGUAAGACAGUCUCGACUAUUGCGCUUAUCCUAAAGCAAAUGCACGAGGCAAAAUUAAAGUCCAAGAAUUCAGGCAAUCAAGAGGCUGAAGCAUUGGAUCUGGAUGCUGAUGAUGAGUCAGAAAAUGCAUUUGAGAAACCAGAGUCUAAGGCUUCAAAUGGUAGUGGUGUGAAUGGUGAUUCAGGCAUAAAGAAAGCCAAGGGAGAAGAAGCGAGUACUUCAACACGCAAAUUCAACAGAAAGAGACCAGCUGCUGGUACUUUAAUUGUUUGUCCAGCAAGUGUUGUGCGGCAGUGGGCAAGAGAACUUGAUGAGAAGGUUACUGAUGAAGCCAAACUUUCUGUUUUAAUAUACCACGGCGGUAACAGGACCAAAGAUCCUAUUGAACUAGCAAAAUAUGAUGUGGUUAUGACAACUUACGCCAUUGUUUCAAAUGAAGUUCCAAAGCAACCCCUGGUUGAUGACGAUGAGAAUGAUGAAAAAAAUUCUGAAAAAUAUGGUCUCGCUUCUGGCUUCUCCAUCAAUAAGAAACGGAAAAAUGUAGUGGGUACUACUAAGAAGAGUAAGAAGAAAAAAGGUAACAAUAAUGCUGGCGAUUCAUCUGACCCUGACUCUGGUACUCUAGCAAAAGUUGGGUGGUUCAGAGUUGUACUAGAUGAAGCUCAAACAAUUAAGAAUCAUAGAACCCAGGUGGCAAGAGCAUGUUGCGGUCUUCGAGCCAAAAGGAGGUGGUGUUUGUCUGGAACACCAAUACAAAAUACAAUAGAUGAUUUAUACAGCUAUUUCAGGUUUCUAAAAUAUGAUCCAUAUGCUGUGUACAAGUCAUUCUGCCACCAAAUUAAGGGUCCAAUUUCCAGAAAUUCCCUUCAAGGGUACAAGAAGCUUCAGGCUGUUCUAAGGGCUAUAAUGCUACGCCGUACGAAAGGAACAUUGCUUGAUGGCCAGCCUAUAAUUAAUCUACCACCAAAGACAAUUAAUUUGAGCCAGGUGGACUUUUCGGUAGAGGAGCGGUCUUUCUACGUGAAGCUUGAAUCCGAUUCCCGUUCUCAGUUCAAGGCAUAUGCUGCUGCAGGAACUUUGAAUCAAAACUAUGCAAACAUUCUUCUCAUGCUUUUGCGACUACGCCAAGCUUGUGACCACCCCCAACUUGUUAAAAGAUAUAACUCAGAUUCUGUUGGAAAAGUAUCAGAAGAAGCUGUUAAAAAACUCCCUAAAGAGGAUCUAGUUAGCCUGCUCAGUCGCUUAGAAUCGUCUCCCAUCUGUUGUGUCUGCCAUGAUCCACCAGAAGACCCUGUUGUUACUUUGUGUGGCCAUAUAUUCUGCUAUCAGUGUGUAUCAGAUUAUAUCACAGGGGAUGAGGACACGUGCCCUGCGCCUAGAUGCAGAGAACAGCUUGCGCAUGAUGUUGUUUUCUCUAAAUCCACGCUUAGAAGUUGCGUUGCUGAUGAUUUGGGUUGUAGUUCCUCAGAGGAUAAUAGUCAUGAUAAAUCAGUUUUUCAGAAUGGCGAGUUUAGUUCAUCAAAGAUCAAAGCUGUCUUAGAUAUUCUGCAGUCGCUUUCUAACCAAGGCACUUCAAACUCAACACAGAAUGGUCAAAUGGCUUCUUCCUCGCAGCAGCCGAAUGAUGAUGAUGAUGAUGAUGAUGAUGAUGUCACCAUUGUCGAGAAAACGAGUCUGAAGUCAACUCCUUCUAAUGGAGGACCAAUAAAAACGAUUAUAUUUUCUCAGUGGACUGGUAUGCUUGACUUGGUGGAGCUAUCUCUAAUUGAAAAUAGUAUAGAAUUCAGAAGAUUAGAUGGUACAAUGAGUCUAAUUGCCAGAGACAGAGCUGUGAAAGAAUUCAGCAACGAUCCAGAUGUAAAAGUGAUGAUAAUGUCUUUAAAAGCUGGAAAUCUUGGGCUGAAUAUGAUUGCUGCAUGUCAUGUCAUUCUUCUUGAUCUAUGGUGGAAUCCAACUACUGAAGAUCAGGCUAUUGAUCGAGCACAUCGUAUUGGACAAACUCGACCUGUUACUGUAACUCGUAUUACGAUAAAAAAUACUGUGGAGGAUAGAAUUUUGGCUCUCCAGGAAGAGAAAAGAAAAAUGGUUGCGUCUGCCUUUGGUGAAGAUCAUGGUGGAAGCUCUGCAACUCGAUUAACAGUUGAUGAUCUCAAAUAUCUAUUCAUGGUGUAGCUGUUCUUAAAUCUUGGGUUGGCGAAGUUUCGCUUCUUUCAGAAUUUUGAUCAUGAGCUGCAUUCUUGUGUUCUUCAGGUUCACAGAUUUGAAAUGAGGAAAUAUGUAAAUAACUUAGCUGUUGUCUCAUAGUAUAUAUAACAUCAGAGUAUAUACUUUUUCUGAAUCAGUUCAUCCGAGAUCUUCUUUCCUUUUGGGAUCACAUUACUCUUUCAAUCUUAUUAUCAAGGUGUUUUGAUCAUGCAACACUUUUGCAUGAGAAACACUCUGUGAA